AUGAUAAUUGAUUUUGUAUUAGUUGCCUUUUGGAGCACUUUGGUAGUGUGCGGGAAUGUCAAUCUCCCCUUCAAGAGAGUGCGUCAGAGUCCUCAGCUCGUACGGAGAGAAGACGGGGACUCCGUUCACCUGGGGAAGCAGACAGGUUUCUAUUCCAUUGAUCUGGCCAUUGGAACCCCCAGUCAGAAAGUCACUGUGCUGCUUGACACAGGGUCCUCCGAUCUGUGGGUCACUGGCGCGAACAAUCCUUACUGCCAAACCUCAUUGAGUAGUGAGUGUAAGGAGUAUGGUACCUUUGACUAUGGUCAAUCGAGCACUUUCCAAGAUAGAAACAGUGCCCUUAAGAUAAAUUAUCAAGAUGGUACGAAAGUGGAUGGCAGAUGGGGGGUUGACACUUUGGAGUUGAACAACGGUGCAAUUCAAUUGCAGAAUACUAUGAUUGGGGUUGCAGACUCCAGUGAUUCCGUAGCAGGUGUAAUCGGGUUAGGAUUUCCAGGUUUGGAGACUACAAAUAAUGUCCAGGCAAAUGGGGAGUCCUACACCUACGCUAAUUUCCCCAUGCAGUUGAAGCAACAGGGGGUGACAGACGCCACUGUUUUUGCAAUUGCGCUGGACAACAGCUACGGCGGGGAUAUUUUGUUUGGUGCUGUUGAUGAGGGGAAGUAUAUAGGAGGGUUGUACACUUUACCUGUCGUGAACAGCCGCGGGACAGCGACUCCCAUCAGGAUGGAGGUCACUUUACAAGGUAUUGGGGUGGACAGUGACGGUGGUGACCAGGAGACAUUUUCGUCGACACCAAUGCUGGCGUUGGUGGACUCCGGUUCCACGAUGGUUUAUUUGCCUGAGCUCAUUGCGACGGCAAUUUACAACAAAGUAGGGGCUCGGUACGAUGGCUCAUCUGAAAUGUACACCAUUGAUUGUGGAACGAAUGUCGAAAACGACAAUUUAAUCUUUGAUUUCGGCGGGUUUCAUAUAUCGACACCAGUCUCGAACUAUAUCAUAACCGAUCAAAGAUCGAGCAACGGGCAGUGUCUCUUUGGUAUUCUGUCCCAGAGCGGCAAUACCGUUGUUCUCGGCGAUACUUUUCUGAGCAGCGCGUACGUUGUGUUUGAUUUGGACCACUACGAGAUCUCCAUGGCACAGGGGAACUCCAAUAAUGGGGAUGGGAACGUCAAGGAUGUUACCAGUGGUACUAUACCUAAUGCCAGGAAGGCGCCGAUGUACUCCCAGACGUGGUCAACGAAUGCACCUGUCACGAGUGGCGGUAAUAUCUUCACCCUGGGGAGCACCAGCAGCAAAACUCCAGACUCUAGCAGCACCCAUGAGACUCGGUCUAGUAUUUCCACGGAAUCGUCCAUCUCUCCUUCUUCCUCCACUACUGGAAGGACUACCAGUAGUAGCACACAUUCUACAUCAACACAAACUUUGUCGUCACAUCAAAGUAGCACCAGAGUAGUAUCUUCUACGACGUCUUUAAGAGUGACUAGCAGUAGCAUUCGCAGUAGCAUUUCUGAGCACAAGGUUUCCAGUUCUACAAGGAAGACCUCCAGCAAGCGCACUACGGCAUCUUCGAAGCACCAUACGUCGCCGAGUGUAUCCAGCAGAUUGUCAACAAUAUCCUCAAAGAAAACCACAGCAUCAUCCGUUUCCUCCAUCCACCACCCCAUGAGUUCAUCCAUUUCAACGAGGAACCACACCUUGAGUACCACUACAGCGUCGCAUCAAGCGUCCUCUGGCGGCAAGAACUCUUUGUCCUCUAAGGUGACCUCGAUUCAGCAGAGAAACACCAGUAGCACCCGAACCUCUGCGCUUGCUUCUCCGACCACAAGAUCUCAGGAGGGAUCAGACGUGCCUGCAUCAAGCAGUCUCCUGCGGGCGAGUACUGCCGCCAGAACAUCCCCUGAGGAGAGCUCCACAGCGAAACCCAAGAAGAACUCCGCAGCGUCCCCCGCAGUGGGACAGAGCACAAUAGCACAUUACCGCGUAUUGUUCUUGUGCAUAGUUCUCGCAGAGCUCCUUCCCCUUUUGGUCUAA